AUGGAGGACUUGAUGAACUCGUACCGCGACGACGAGUCGGAGGGAUUCGACAUCGAGGACCUCGUGAAUCUUGCCUAUUCCUCGGACCAUUCCUCGGACGAAGAGCCGCCGAUGGCCACCUGUCCCACUGCGCCUCCCUCGCGAGAGGAUAGCGACGAGUCCGACGAGAGCGACAACGACGCUAGCAGCAACGAGGACGACGAGGUACCCCCCGCUCAAGCAGCCGAUUUUCCCGUUGAGAUUGAUACGGACUCGGAGGUCGAAAAAGUCUUGCUUCCGCCUUCGACUCAACGCCCGGCAGCCACCCCGAUCGAGACGACCCCAGGCCCGGCGACCCUCCUCGUCGAGACGCCGAAGGAAGCUGUCCGGGGUACCUCGACCCGCGGUCGGGGCGGUGGUCGCGGUCGCGGCCGUGGUCGAGGUGGAUCCACCCCACCCUGUACGCCUCGCAACGAACGUCCCUCGAGCUCCUUCAGCUCGCCCAGCAGCGCCGGCACGAGCAGCGGCGGUACGAGGACCAGCACACCUGCAAGCUCUCCGGGCAGCCUGCCGACCAAAUCUUCGCCCUCCUCCCCGUCGCCCGAGUCCAGGCCCACGAAGCGCAAGCGCACGCUGUCGCAGCUCAGCGUCCCCUCACCGAGCGAGGUGGCGACGAACAUGGGCGAGAGCAUCGUCCAGGCCAUCGCGGCCACUGCCACGCCCGUGCCGCAAGAGAAGACGCACAAGCGGAAGCCCAAGCCCGCACCGCCCGCCACCGAGUCCGCUCAAAGUGAGGCGCCUGAGAGCGAGGCGGCCCAGCAGCCUGUACCGGCGACUGGAUCGACGAGCUCGCCCAAGACGACUUCGCCGAAAAAGGCUAGCCGUGCCAAGCCCACCAAAAAGACGGGACACUGGACCCGCGAAGAGAUGAUGCUGUUGUUCCACGAGGUGUUUCCGCGCAAGUACGACUUGGCUUGGGAUGUAGUUUCCCGUGCAGCCAAGGUACCUGCGCUGAUCUCGGAGCUCGAAGACUUCCUGAUAGACAAGCAUCCUAUCCACUAG